AUGACCGCUACAGCUUCACAACGACCGGGCAUUGGAGGUCGAACUUCUUCAGCCCCGGCCGGGGGCCUUGAUAAACUCGAUGUGGUGCGGAAGACAGCAUCGGGGACACAAGUUGAACACACAUUGCUGGAGGAGGAUGAGCGGACGCCAAUCACAGACGAGGCGAUCAAGCACACGCGAUUCAGUCAGCAGGGGGGAGAAUCCACCAAGAGCGGUUUCCCCGAAGUGAUCAUUGCAGUAGCUGGCGAAGAAAAUGCCGGCAAGUCCAGCUUUGUCAAAUGCGCCCUGGAUCUGAAAACCUUGCCUGCCUCCCCUAUGAACAAGAAGAAAAUGUCAUUGAACGGAUCGGUCUACAUUGUACAUCUGAUGGAAUUCGACUUGAUCCAGGUUCAUUUUGAUCAGGAAAAGAAGAUCAUCUGGCCGCGUGUCGGGCGCGACAAAUCUUCGCCAGACGUUGACGGGGUUCUGGUUCUACAUGAUGCCACCAAGCCGGAUCGACUGUCUUUAACAACGAACCUCAUUGACUCAUUGGCUGCCUCGGAUCUUCCUUUCUUGCAGGUUGCUUGCAAAUGUGAUGUCAACCCGGAACCUUUGGAAGACAUCGAGGUGGAUGCGAUCCAUGAUCAAUACGAGAUUUAUCGAACCUCGUUUUCGUCGCCGCGAUCUCAACGCAUGUGUAUUGCGUUGGUUUUGGAGGCAGUGAUUUCUACUCGAGAAGAUCUCUCCAACAAUUCUAACAUUCCUCUUGAUUCUCCGGCAACCAAAUCUUCUCACGAUUGGCGUCCUACCCGUGCCAACUCUGAAAACCCCUUAGCCGUGUUCCCAGCCGGCGGACCACAAGCCUCGGAUCAAUGUGUCGAAGGGGAUGGUGACAAUCCUCUCGCAACCGAUGGAAACCACUUGCAGCAGACGUCUACUUCCCACCGUUAUGCCCGCAGUAACUCGCAAUCGGUGCGACCCCAAACUCCGCCAACCGGAUCGCGUUUAAAUUCCCGCAGACAGUCGGUACAAGAAUCAAACUCUCCCGAUCACGAUAACCGUCAGCAACGAUUACACAACGCCUGGCGAGACAGUGGAGGAUCAGACGUGUUCAACAGCUUCUUAAACAUGGAUGACGAGGGGGACGAUGGGCAGCCCCCGAGCCCCUGCUCAGUUGUGCGACCCAAGCCAAGCAGCGAGAGCAACUCGAGUGCAGAGACGGGCCUAUCGUUCGAUGAGCUAGUUGAUCGUUUGAUUUCCUUGCCGAUGUCGAAACAAGACCAGAAGUUCCGUUCUACAUUCCUAUGCCUGUACCGAAAAUUCUCCGCUCCUGCAAGUCUUCUAAGUGCCUUGAUAAGCCGAUUCGAGCGAAAUGAGAUGGGCAACGAGGAUCAACUGGCCCGUAUGGCAGAUCAGCUACGACUACUCGAUGUCAUGGCUCAAUGGGCCUCGGACUAUCCGGGAGAUUUCGCUCAUCCCAAACUUCACCAACGGAUCAUUGACUUUGUCGCCGUGCUCGAAAAGAGCCAUUUUUACAUGUUUGCUGCCAAGGAGAUCGGGUCUCAACUAGACUCGAAUGUAGAAGACGAUGAUGUUGGCUGGGCAUAUGGGGGUGACAGUGAUUCCGAGGAGCCCCAGCUGGCCGAGACAUUCUUCGACCACUCCGGCCGAAGCUCCCCAGCAGCGGUUUUUCUCACUAGGGCUGACUCUGACACUUACACUUACGACACCGAGGAAGAACAAGACCCCAUCUAUAGUAUGAGUGCACUGGAUCUCAGUAGUGGACCGCAUGAUUCGACAUCACGACUCUCGGGCACUCUUUCAGUCUCCUCGAAUCCCGACAAAGCGAACAGCAUUACCAGCCAGUCAUUCACAUUUUUGAGCCUUGAUGCGGCUCAAAAAGAGGCUUUGCGUCUUGAACUAACACACAAGACUUUACUUGGAAAACUCCAGUGGCGAAUUUUCAUGGAUAUACCAGAAGAGGAGUUCGCACGAGAACUGACGCGGGUUGACUGGAUCAUGUACAACUCAUUCCGGCCGCGCGAUCUGGUGCGUCAUGUCAGCCUUUCGGGUGUCGACAAGGACAAAGUCAAGAGCUUGACGAACGUUAAUCGGAUGAUCACGCAAUUCAAUCAUCUGGCUUUCUUCGUAGCCAGCCUGAUCCUCUUGCGCGAUAAGCCUAAGCAUAGAGCGCAGGCGCUAGAGAAGUUCAUGAAUAUCGCAGUGAAACUCCGACGCCAAAACAACUACAACUCCUUGGGUGCUGUAAUUGCUGCCAUCAACGGCACCCCUGUCCACCGCCUCACGCAAACUAAAGACCUGAUCCCCAUCCCAGCGCAGAAAGAGUUUAUGCGCUUGGUUAUCCUCAUGAGCACCCAACGAAGCCACUUUGCCUACCGCCUGGCCUGGGAAAAUUCCUUCUCAGAGCGAAUUCCAUUCCUACCUCUCCACCGUCGUGACCUUGUCUCCGCCGAAGAAGGCAACAAGACAUUUAUCGGCGAGAAUAAAUCUCGCAUCAACUGGAAGAAAUUCGAGGUCAUGGGUGAGGUUGUUCUUGGCAUCCAACGAAGCCAGAAGACCCCUCAUCCCCAGGCUCAGAAGUUCGAAGAUGUCGAGCGUCUGAUCCUUGACUCGAAGCUCUCUGGAGACGAAGAGGACUUGUAUGCUCGUAGCUUGUACGUCGAACCGUCCACGGGAGCCGAAGGACGAAGGAAGUUCAGCUGGUUUCGCUCUUAA